CUUCAAGCCCGUGCCUUUGACUUCCUGCUCCCACGAGCAGACUUGGAUCGUCUUUUACUCGGACCUCCCGAGGAAUACCCCAGCUAACAAGACGAAGGAAGUCAUAAGCAAGCCAUGAACAACUUCCGGUCCGAUCAUCCUACGCUUUCGAGAGCAGCUGGGCUGGGACUGGUGGGUGUCGGCGGCAUGGGGUCGUUGCCCCAGCCGUGCUCGUCGGGGCACUUAACUUGGCCGGUUUCAGCGCGACUGGAGUCACAGCAGGAUCUGUUGCAGCAGGGCUCCAAUCUUCUGUGUAUGGCGCGGCGGUGGGGUCUGGAUCCGCUUUCGCUUUGGCUCAAUCAGCCACGAUGGGCGGAAUCGUCGUGGCGCCUGUUGCAGUUCAAGCGCUCACGGCUGGAGUGAUGGGGUUGGGCGCAUAUAUUGGCUUUGGAGGCAGACGGGCUUGAUGGCUUUGUACAUAAUUUAUUUGCCACAUUGUCGUUACUUGGAAGUUUACUGUGGAUUCUGCCGCCGGAAGACUUGGAUUCAUCGGAUGAGCUGUGUCGCAAGGUGGCAGUUCCCCGUGCAUGCGCCACACAAGCGCCCGUAGAGCCAAAUAAAGAUGCCAUGAGGUGACGACGUGCCAGUUACCUGCGCUCUUCCCUCUUCCCUCUUCCCUCCGCUCUCUUUCCUUCCUUCGCACAGCGAACAUGGAUCCACAACUAGCCUUCUACCUCAAUGACUGGAAUGCACCGAUAUUCAGCGGCACCCCGGACGAGAGCGUGGAAACUUGGCUAGCGACGAUCCGCCUCGGACUCAAAUUCCGCCAGGCGCCGCAAGAACUCUGGGUUCGCAUUGCGCUGCACUUCCUCGGCGAAGACGUCCAGCGCGUCGUGCGUGCCACGCAGGAUAUGAUGCAGCAGCUCGAGCCUGGGCUGGAUGUGUGGGAGUGGGGCUGGUUUACGCGUGUGCUGAUGGUGGUCCACGAGCCCAAUGGCACGAAUAUCGGAGGUGCAAUUCAGGAACUACGGGACAACCAUCCGUUUCUCGCUGGAGCGGCAGCGCUUGGACUGGUCGCAGUCGGCGGUGCAGUCGUCGUUCCCGCUGUCCUCGUUGGCACACUCAACAUACUGGGAUUCACCGCCACUGGUGUGGCAGCAGGAUCUGCUGCGGCCUGGAUCCAAUCUGUCGCUUAUGGUGCGGCUGUCGGGAGUGGCUCAGCGUUUGCAUGGGCGCAAUCCGCUGCAAUGGGCGGAAUCGUCGUGGCUACGGCUCCAGUCCAGGCUCUCACAGCGGGAAUGGUGGGACUGGGAGCUUACAUCGGAUGGGGGAGACGGCGUGAAGAACAGGAUCAUACUGAAUAGUCAAUUAGAAUGGUCAACCACAUUCUAUGUACUUUACUAGCUGUCUGCCCGCACCGUCGGCGGAAUUGAUAAAUGAAUCAUUACUCGUGAUCGUCUCCUCGAUGGAUGCCGA